CCCGACUUCAUAUUAUAAUUGCUUUCGAUAUCAUUUUUGUUUGGAUGCAUGAAAUGGACGAUCGCUUGUUGGUCAUUGAUUACGCAAACGUUUAAGUUUAAGUCUUUCCCAGUGCGCUUCUUUUCACGAACUUGGCAAAGAAUCAUGACAAAUGUAGGGAAAUGCGCCGUUUGCGGUACGUACGCCUCACUGAAAUGUAUAGCUUGCAAAAAGGUAUACUACUGCGGUAAGGAGCAUCAAAAAAUUCAUUGGAAGAAGGGUCACAAAUCCGACUGUAAAUGCUAUGAGAUCGCGUCAAACGAACUGUUGGGGCGUCAUUUGCGCGCUACGAGAGAUAUUAAAUGCGGCGAAAUUAUUAUGCAAGAAUUGCCAUUGAUUUAUGGACCCAAAGUAGCAAGCGCACCAUUGUGCCUGGGCUGUCAUAGUAAAUUACCGAUCCCUGAUAAUAAUUAUUAUAAAUGCCGUAAAUGCGCGUGGCCUUUAUGUGGUCCGGAUUGUGAAAGUCGUGAAGAUCAUAUUGAUGAGUGCGAAUUAAUGUCCUCACGUAAUUUCACUGCCAAAAUUGAUUAUAUCCCAAGCAAACAAGAAAUGGGCAAAAAAGAAUCUGCUUACUGUGUGAUCCUACCCUUACGGUGUCUUCUUCUUAAACAUAAAAGUCCAGAGGCAUUUAAGAAAUUGCUAAACCUUGAAGAUCAUUUGCAGGAGCGUAUUGAUACACCUUUAUAUAAAGUUCUGAAAGCCAACCUUGUAACAUUUAUCAAGAUUAUAUUGGGUAUGAAUGAAUGGAGCGAAGAGGAUAUUUUACGUGUGGCUGCCAUAUUGGAUACAAACGCAUUCGAAGUUCGACAACCUGCCAAAGAAAGAAAAGUGCGGGCUGUGUAUCCCAUGGCUGCUAUGUUUUCGCAUAACUGCAUUUCAAAUGCACGCCCUGCCUUUAACGAAUUAAUGCAAAUAGUAUGCAUAGCCAAAACUGAAAUUGCUAAAGGGGAUGUAAUAUCUAUUUCAUACACCCAGCCGCUAAAGAGCACUUUAAUGCGUCGUCUACAUCUCGCUCAGGCUAAAUGCUUUGACUGCGUCUGCAAUAGAUGUAAAGAUCCUACGGAACUUGGCAUUUUCGCGGGUGCAAUACUAUGCAGCAGAUGUAAAGUUGGAAAGAUUAUCUCUACGAAUCCUUUGGACAAUUCAGCCGUUUGGCAAUGCCAGUUGUGUCCACACAAGUUAUCUGCAAAGCAAAUUAAUUUGGGUAAUGCUGCUUUGCAGGAGGAACUUAAUUCAUUAAAUAAAAGUUCACCUCGAUUUUUAGAAGAGUUCCUGCUAAGAUAUCGCGAUACUUUACAUGAAAAGAAUACACAUGUUUUACAAGUAAAAUAUGCGCUUAUUCAACUCUACGGUAAUAUCUCCGGUUUUUAUUUGCAUGAAAUGAAUGAUGCUGCAAUUAAACGAAAAAUCGAAUUGUGCCUAGAAUUACUAGAGGUCGCCGAUGUAAUUGACGCUGGCUGGAGUAUUUUCAGAGGUAAUAUACUAAUGGAUCUGCAGGAAGCUUCAGUAAUGCAAGCGAAGAACGAAUAUCUAAAUGGGCUUCUAACUCGUGAAGCUGUCCAAGAAAAACUUGCAGAAGCUAUGCAAUUAUUAAAUGAGGCCAUGAAUAUUAUGAAAGUAAAUUCGGACGUAGAGUCGCUCUCCUUCGAACGUAUACAGCGCUUAGCCAAAGAAUUGGACGUGGAUAUUUGAAGACAGCUAUAAUUCAUUUUCGAUCGUCUAAAAGUGUUUUAAUAAGUACUUAAAACAACUCUACACGUAAAAUUAUCCGCACUAUUUUGCGCUCUGUUGUUCGCAAAUGCUAAUGAACAGAACUGUGGAAUGACUGAAAUGGCUACAAAUUUUUCGAAUUGUUUUAAUUCCAUUAUGUUCUUUCAUUGGUUUUGUUUGCUUGCUAAAUAUUUUAAACAAAAUUUUUCCGCAAGUAAAUUAUUUAUUAUUUAUUUGUAAACCGUAAUUAAAGUAC